AUGUCUAAGAGGCGGCUAUUUCGCUGGCCUGCCCGCCGCACUGCCGGCCUGGGAUGUCUUGCUCUCCUUGUCACCUCCAUGGUAUCUUGGUAUCUCUAUGGUACACGGCCCUAUGAACCCCAACCAGUCCAUCAAGAAACUCCUAACAACGACCACGACAUCGUGACAUCCCAACUGGCCCAACUUACCAGUACUUACAGCAAUGCGACAAAUGACAUUGGCUUGGUAUUGGCUGCGACCGUGAAAGAGGACCUCACCUGGCUCCUCAACUACUGCAAAGACCACGGCUCAAUUCCCUUCAUCUACACGACCGACCAGCCCCCUGCCCCCUACCUCCUUGUUCCGCGUACUAUUCGCGGCCGCGAAGCCGCCGCCUACCUUUCCUUCGUCGUCGACUUCUACCACCAACUUCCGAAGUAUACCAUCUUCAUCCACUCGAAUCUCGACCAAUGGCACAAUGACCUAUUCGGUCCCCACACCAGCCCCGCGCUGAAGAACCUCCGACUUGAGGCCGUUGACGCGCAGGGUUACGUGAACCUUCGGUGCGAGCACGACCCGGGAUGUCCCACGAGCGUGCACCCCUGGAGCCCGACACAAAUCGAUAUUGAGAAGGACGACAUCCGCGCAUUCUUCCCGGAAGUGUACGAGACAAUCUUGGGCGUACCGGCUGAGAAGGUGCCCGAACACAUCGGAAAUGUGUGCUGCGGACAGUUCGCCGUCAGCCGAGAACGGAUUCUGGAACGGCCACGCGAAGACUACGAGCGCAUGCUGAAAUGGGCAGAGGAGACGGAGCUGACGGAUAGCUUUGGUGUGGGAUGGGUGUAUGAGAAGAUCUGGCAUAUCAUUUUCGGAAUGGAUGUGAUAUAUUGCCCCCGGUAUGAGCAAUGCCGGUGCGACACGUACGGAUGGUGUGGACCGUUGGCGUCGGGUGAGACACUGCAGGCAGUGCGAGCGAAGAAGUCAUAA